AUGGCCUCAAGCGCGUUGGGUUUUCGCAUUCUUGAUGCGGAUCAAUAUUUUUAUAGAGCCACCGGUCUUUCCAGAGCAGUUUACAAAUCUACCAAUGGCAUUUCUCAAUAUCGACAGGAGGAGCUGAGAUUGAUGAAAUCAAUGCUCUUUGACAAUCCAACAGGCGCGGUUAUUGUCUGCGGCCCUGGAGUUGUUGAAGGCACUGGCAGAGAAUGGCUUUCGGCGUAUGCCAAGGAGCACUUGGUCAUCUACAUCUUGCGUGAUGCUGAAGAGAUUCAACGCCAUCUAAGAGUAUUCGACGUGGAAACCAUUCGAGAUCUCACUCGCCGUGCAGCACCAGCUUACAGGAAACUGUCAAGUUUUGAGUUCUACAACAUCUCAGAUAUGUCACUUUCCAAGCUGGAUACAGCAACCUCACGGGGUGAUAUAUCCCCUCGGGCUCUUGCGCUGAAGAAGGUUGAAGAAGACUUUCUUCAGCUGAUAUACAGCAUCACACGGCGAGACGACUGUUAUAGCAAGUAUAAAGCAAAGAACAGUCUUUCAUCCAUACCACUGGAAACAAGAAAGUUUACGUACUCUUUAUCUCUACCACUGUCAACACUCAGCACGCUUAUCACCGAGUUUCGCGGAUUGGACACUGAAGCGGACGCUCUUGAACUUACAAUACCAACUUCAAGUCUUGGGGAUCAGGUGAACGACGGGGACACGGCCGCAGACAGGAUUAGCAGACAGUUCUCCGUCGUCAGGAGGAACAUACGACUUCCAAUUCUAUACCAUCUCGACAUAUACGGAAGCGAAAGGAGUAUCUCAGAAGAUGAGUAUUUUGAGCUCCUGUAUCAUGGGCUACGCCUUGCCCCGGAGUAUCUCUGUGUCGAUCUCAAAUGCGACACAGCCAAGAUCAAGAAUCUCAUUGCAUCCAAAGGCCACACAAAAGUCAUCGGCCAUCAUGUCGUUUCCGAUCCAGCAGAAGAUGGUUGGAACUUGCCAAAACAAUGGGCCAUGAUUGAAAGAGCCCAAAGUCUCGGAUGUGAUAUAAUUCGCAUCUGUCAAGAGGCAAAGACCGUGGAAGACAAUUUCGCCGCACAACACUUUAUUCAUCGUGUCAGAUCAUCACCAGAUCAUAGUAUCCCUUUAGUAGCAUACAACACCGGCCGUCUUGGACGCAUGUCCUGCUAUCUCAACCCCAUCCUCAGCCCAGUUACACAUCCACUGGUCCGAAGGCUGGCCCCAGACUGCCCAUCGAACGUUCUGCUUACUGUGCAAGAAGCACAGAAAGCAGUCUUUUCAUCAUUUCUACUGGACGGCCAAUAUUUCGGUAUCUACGGAAAUUGUACUUCCAAGAGUCUGUCACCAGCUAUGCAUAAUGCUGCCUUUAAGCUUCUGGGCAUGCCACACCGAUAUAAGAUCUUUCUUCACGAGACAAUGGACCAGCUUUUUGAACUUGUCAAGGACAAUACUUUCGGUGGUGCUAGUAUCACUUCACCAUUUAAGACUGCUAUAAUACCCAAACUGGACUUUCUGAGUGAAGAGGCAAAGGCCAUCGGAGCUGUCAACACCCUUUUGUGCCUGAAGGAACCUACUAUGGACUCUUUACUUAGCAGAAACACCACUGGGCCAACAGUAGCUCUCUUUGGCGAGAAUACUGAUUGGAUUGGUAUCCAUACCUGCGUUCAGCGGAAUCUAUCUCCAAUCAAUGCUGUCAGAAGACGGACGACUGGUCUCAUCAUUGGUGCAGGUGGUAUGGCUCGUGCUGCUGCGUAUGCCCUCAUUCGACUUGGCGUGAAGACUAUUCUGAUCCAUAACCGGACUCGGUCGAGGGCAGAAGAACUCAUCAAGCAAUUCAAUGCGCAGCACAAAGACGACAGUGGUGGGACUACGGCGGAUGGCAUCGAGAUAGAGAGCGGAAGUCAAGACCAUCCUUCAUUUAGAAUCAUCGCUUCGAAAGACGACGCAUGGCCUGAAGAUCUAAGUCUACCAACUAUUGUCGUUUCAUGCGUAGCAACGCGAGAAAUCGAUGGACAGUGCUCGGCAGACACGAGUCUCCCAGAACAUUGGCUUUCAAGCCCGACUGGCGGCGUUGCAAUCGAGCUUUCAUACACACCGCUAGAGACUCCACUACUGAAGCAGAUAAAGUCGCUACCAGAGAAGGGAUGGAUACCCGUUGAUGGUCUGCAGGUUCUGCCAGAGCAGGGAAUGAUGCAGUUUGAGCUAUUUACUACAAGACGAGCACCAGCUAAUCUGAUGAGAGAAGAGGUUUUCAGAGCAUACAAGGAGCGUUUGGCAAGGGAAGCGGAUACAUAG